GACUGGGACCACCCCGCCUCCCUCCCUCCAUAAACACCGCAGACUCUGAACGCGCCGAUUAUUAAUUUGUCUUUUUUAGCGCAGCCGCUACAUUGUUGUUGUUUAUUGUAGACUAACCAUGGAACUCUCCGACAUAUUCUACGUCAAGGCCGAGUACAUCGAGACAGCCUCGGGAAACAAAGUGAGUCGACAGUCCGUGCUGUGCGGGAGCCAGAAUAUAGUCCUGAAUGGCAAGACGAUCGUGAUGAACGACUGCAUCAUCCGCGGCGACCUGGCGAACGUGCGAGUCGGGCGACAUUGCGUCAUCAAGAGCCGCAGCGUCAUCCGCCCGCCGUUCAAGAAGUUCAGCAAGGGGGUCGCGUUCUUCCCUCUGCACAUCGGGGACCACGUGUUCAUCGAGGAGGACUGCGUCGUCAGCGCCGCGCAGAUCGGAUCGUACGUCCACAUCGGCAAGAACUGCGUCAUCGGCAGGCGCUGCGUGCUCAAGGACUGCUGCCGCAUCGAGGAUGGGACGGUGCUGCCGCCGGAGACGGUGGUGCCUCCCUUCACCAGCUUCUCCGGGUCCCCCGGACUGUGCACCGGGGAGCUACCUGAAUGCACACAGGACCUGAUGAUGGACGUGACCAAGAGCUACUACCAGAGGUUCCUGCCCAUCUCACAGGUCAACUGAGAAGAGGAACUUGGACUGUUAGCCUUUUUGUUGCGUUCAACUCGAAGAAAACAUCUCCGCGUAAAAUGGUCGCAAGAGUCAACUCUCGAUUAUCAUUUGGCGCAUUGGUGGUGGGGGGGUGGGGGCGGUGGCAGGGGGGGUAAGAGUGGCACGGCUCAAACGUAAACCACGGAUAAUGCAAAGUGCAUGUAAAUGACGAUAUGAACCGUAUUCAUAUUGAUUAGCGAUGGGUGGAGUUGUGGGGGGGGGGCAGACUGUAACCACGUCUGUUUUUAUUGCUUCUAUAAAGUAGCUGUUGGAUUACUUUGUCAGCAUGACCCCCCCCCCCCCCUGACGAGCGAGGAGUGGCGAGCAAUCGCUUCAAUUGCCGACGAGUUGGCGGUCGCGUGGCCCCCACCCACUGCCUCUGACCAUCCACCAGUGAGGAGCGGAUCUACUCAACUGGUUUCCUUAACCGACUUGGUCGUGAUCCCAUGUCCACCCACCGCCUCUGACCGUCUACGAGUGAGGAGUGGAGCUACUCAACUGGUGUCCGUGCGGGUUGCGUGGCAACUCGGGUGUCGAGGAAGCCCCGACGGGUGAGGAGCGGCGAAUAAUGAAACCGGCGCGCACUUCAAGACGUUUUUAUUUAUUUUUGUUCGCAACAUUUCACCCGCAAGCCGGACAUCGUCGAGAACAACAACAACAAUUCUGCCAGUCGAGAGUUCACUUGUGGAGGGAGAGACGCACUGCUCCUGCCAGCGGGAAUGUGGAAUUUACAAGGUUCUUUCACGAUUCGCCGUUGACUCGUUCAACGAAUUGUCACGGUUCCCGACUGGCAACCUCAUCGGCAGCGGCAACGCCAUCACCGCCAUCACCAGCAGCAUCAGCAUCAUCAUCGUACGCUUAGUGAUGUCGACGGUUGUAGAUUAUGUUGAUCUUGAUGGUAAUUAUGUAUGUUUGUUGAACUUCUUUCGCACUUUACGUAGCCAACCGUGCUAAUCGGAGAUGCGGGGGAAGGACAACAAACUAUGGGUCUCUGUGUGAGUCUGUGGGUCGCUGUGUGAGUCUGUGGGUCUCUGUGUGAGUCUGCGGGUCUCUGUGUGAGUCUGGGGGUCUCUGUGUGAGUCUGCGGGUCUCUGUGUGAGUCUGCGGGUCUCUGUGUGAGUCUGCGGGUCUCUGUGUGAGUCUGCGGGUCUCUGUGUGAGUCUGCGGGUCUCUGUGUGAGUCUGUGGGUCUCUGUGUGAGUCUGCGGGUCUCUGUGUGAGUCUGCGGGUCUCUGUGUGAGUAUGGGUCUCUGCGUGAGUCUGUGGGUCUCUGCGUGAGUCUGUGGGUCUCUGCGUGAGUCUGUGGGUCUCUGCGUGAGUCUGUGGGUCUCUGCGUGAGUCUGUGGGUCUCUGCGUGAGUCUGUGGGUCUCUGCGUGAGUCUGUGGGUCUCUGCGUGAGUCUGUGGGUCUCUGCGUGAGUCUGUGCGUCUCUGUGUGAGUCUGUGGGUCUCUGUGUGAGUCUGGGUCUCUGUGUGAGUCUGCGGGUCUCUGUGUGAGUCUGUGCGUCUCUGUGUGAGUCUGUGGGUCUCUGUGUGAGUCUGCGGGUCUCUGUGUGAGUCUGUGGGUCUCUGUGUGAGUCUGCGGGUCUCUGUGUGAGUCUGUGGGUCUCUGUGUGAGUCUGUGGGUCUCUGUGUGAGUCUGCGGGUCUCUGUGUGAGUCUGCGGGUCUCUGUGUGAGUCUGUAGGUCUCUGUGUGAGUCUGUGGGUCUCUGUGUGAGUCUGUGUGUCUCUGUGUGAGUCUGUGGGUCUCUGUGUGAGUAGUCGAUGGGUCUUUGUGUGAGUCUGUGGGUCUCUGCGUGAGUUUGUGGGUCUCUCUGUGUGAGUCUGUGGGACUCUGUGAGAGUAGUCUAUGGGUCUCUGUGUGAGUAGUCUAUGGGUCUCUGUGAGUGUAUCAGCCUACUGCGGUUGUUGCCCAUCUGAGCACUCUCCUUGCUCCGACGAGAUCGGACGAACGGAACGAGUGAGUGCUUGCAAAAUCUAAAUGACUGUCCAGCAGCGUGGAGUUAUGAUGCAGCUACUUAUGAUGCUGCUGAUGAUGAUAACGAUGAUGCUGGUAGUAAAGAUGUCGAUGCUAACUUUUGACCAAUAUAGAGUCUUUCUCGUUUUCAGCCGUCUCUUCUGUACCGUUCCCUCGAUUUCCCCGGCUCCUUUUGUCCAAGUUGCGGCCGCUCCGCGCUACGUCACGGCAGUGUGCGGCGACCGGCAGCACGGAGAUUUUUUUUUGCGUCCACCGUGGACGAUCGAUUCCGCACUCUGUCAAUCGAGCCGUGGGUAACGUCGACCACCACGUGCCCCCCACGAACGCGAUAACGAAGACGACCGCCGCUGCCGAUUUUCUGUACAAACCACAAAUCUGUCUAUCGCCUGAUGAUGCCGGUUGUAAUUACUGGCGAAACGUUGUACUCGGAUUGUAAAUGUUGUGGCUUUGCUCUCCAACACACUGGUGGCGAUGUACUAGUACUGAAUUGGCAUGUUUUGUUUACGCGACAAACCUUACUAAAUGGCCGUGUCGGGUGGUGGCGGGUUUAAUGACAUUUACGCGAUCUAACUAAAAAUAACCCUCCAUUAUGAAAGAAAGCAUCACGAUUAAACACUCCAACGGCAUCAGAUGUUCGGGAUCUUGCCUCUCAUCUCGCUCGGUGCACCACACGAGUCACAUGGGUUUGAGUUUUAUCGGCGGCGGCAUCGUAUCAUUUGCGCCAAACCGCAUCUCGCAAUCGCCGAGGAACCUCCGGCAGAGCUGGAAGGCAGCAGCAGCAGCAGACAAAGAGCUUCAUAGCUCAUCGGAUUCUGAUUCUAGAUUUGAAGCUUUCGUGACUGCAAGGAUUCAUACUCUUAGGUUUUUUUGGUAAAGUCACGUAGGUAACAGUAAAUCUUGCUGUGACGGUCCCACCUGAUGACGGAGACUUGUGUUGCCUCCGAAACGUCAAUUUUUAUUUCUAUUAAUAUUGCAGUCCUCUGUCUUCAUUCAGGAGUUUGCGCGUCUCUCUCUCCCCGUCGUCUCGUGCAUUGUUUUCUCCGGAUCCUCCGGUUUUUCCCACCGCAUUUAGAAACAACGUCGCCCAUGGUCAGAUUAUUGAGCUGCUAUGGAUGUCCACCUGAUGACGAGAAGCCGCCACUUCGUUGAGCUAUCGUUUGUGAUGGUCAAGUCACUUCUGAACAGAAGCGAAUAGCUCCGUGGGCUUUACCUGCUAAAAUAAACACAGUUAUGCGAUUUAAAAGUAUGGCCUUUUUGCCAGUAUCAGUGAAAAAAAUACAAGACGAGGUUUUACCCUUUCUGCCAAUAAAACAGGAGGAGUUGAGAUGUUCAAACACCAAAUAGAAACCUUGUGGUUCAUGAGAACUUGAUUCCCUGCAAAAGGUGUCUUUGGUGUGUAAACAUCUUAGCACCUUGUUUUUAUUGCCAGAAAGGGUAACAGCUAUUAUUAUUAUUACUAUUUAAUCAUAGUUAUGCGAUUUGUUUACCUUUCCAACACUUUGCACGCCUCUCGUCUUCUGUUGCUGUCACCUUCUGACCCCGUGCCCCGACUGGACAUGCGUGAAACAAGAGCUUCACAGCUCAUCGGCUUUAUCCUGCGGUACAAAUAAACGUUCUGAUUAGGACGUG